AUGUCAGAUUUAUUAUAUAAUCGUUUAUUAUUAAAUUUUAUUAAUGUUAAAAAUCGACUUGAAUCUUUAUUAAAUUUAUAUUGUAUUAAUGAAUAUCGAUUAGAUAUAAAAGAACUUCAAAUAUCUAUAGGAUUUGUAUCAAAUUUAAUUGAUAAGCUUCAAUAUGAAUUAAAACUAACUGAUAAUUUGAAACCAUUUUCAAAUCAUUCUUUAUGUAAUAAUAAUUGGACAUGGAAAAAAAUUCAACAAUUAGAUAUGAAAGAACAAUGUUUAAAUUUAGAAUUUCUCGCUUUAUUACGUUUACAAACAUUAGCUACAUGUUUUGAUGAAUUUGAUGAACAAAAGUUUCUUAAACAAACAACAGAUUUUAAUAUCAAUAGACAAUAUCAUUCGAAUAAAAUGAUGAAAUUUAUUGACGAGACCAAAUCAACAAUUGCAUGUGAUCAUAUGCAUAUCAAUAAACCAUCAUCGUCAUCAUCAUCAUUUAUUCCACAAUAUGAUCUGAACAAAAAUCUUCUUGAUCUUCCACAAGAAAUUCUUCUUCGUAUAUUUUCUUUUAUUUGUCCAUGUGAACUUAUUAGUAACAUAGCUCCGACAUGUCGAUUAUUUGCCAACUUAAUUCUUACAUGUUUUUAUUCUCAUCUUGAUUUAUCACCACUAAUAUCUAUAUAUGAUGUUCCUCGUUUAUUUAAUCAUUUAUCAUGUCUUCAAUCAAUAAGAUUUAUUGAUUGGAAGGAUAAUAUAAGUAUAUUAACGUGGUCUAUAUGGUUUGAUAUACUUUCUCGAAAAACAUCGAAUCUUAAAAAAAUACAUUUUCGAAAUAUUUUUAUAUCUCCAAUAUUAAUUUGUCUUUUAAUUGAAUAUUUUCCUCAUUGUUUAGAAACACUUAUAUUUGAUUAUCAACAAAAUAAUUAUUGUUAUAGAAAUUUUGAUUUAAUUUUAUGUUUACUUGGAGAUAAAAAUAUAAAAUUAAAAAAUUUAACAGCUUCGUAUCAAUUAGGAAUUACAAAUUUUGGUAUUUUACAACUUGUUAAGAAUCUCAAUACAUUAGUUGAACUUAAUUUAGUUAAUAUUAAUACAAUUAAUGAUCAAUCGAUCAAAGUUUUAUGUGAUAAACAUAAUGUUUAUUUAGAAAUUCUGAGAAUUGAUGGUGCACAAUUAACAGAUAAAGCUUUAGAUUAUAUUGCACAAUGUCAUCGAUUACGAAAGAUUAUGAUUGAAUUUUGUAUAAAUAUGACCGGUUCGAAUUUUUCUAUAUUUCAAAAUUUUCCUAAACUGGAAGAAUUAUAUUUAUCAGCAUUAAAUAAUAUUUCAUCGGAAUCAUUUCAAUUAUUAUUUAAUAAAAAUUAUACUUUUAAAUAUUUACAAUGUUUGAAAUUAGAUGAAUAUCAUAUGAUUGAUGAUAAUUGUAUUCGAUUAAUUGUUCAAAGUUGUCCUCAUUUAAUUGAUUUGACUUGUUCAUUAGCAUAUAAUGUUACUGAUGAAGGUUUUAAUGAAAUUGUUAUUCGAUGUAAUCAACUUCAAUACCUAACAUUAACAGGGUGUAAUCAAAUUUAUGGUGAAAUAUUAUUUGAUGUACCAGAGAAAUAUUUAAAAUCAAUAAAAUAUCUUAAUUUUGAUAAAUGUAAUCAAAUAGAAGAUUUUAUUUUAAUUGAUUUGUUUCAAAGAACAAAAUUCAUAUUGAUUAUUGAUUCCUAUGGAUCCUUAAUUAAGCUUUAG